AUGGGUCGCAAACCGAACCAGUUAAUUCUCGAGUAUUUCACGCGCGGUCCCAAGCUCGAAGACGCGAGCAAUCGGUAUCAACAUACUUGCAAAGCUUGCGGUGAAAAGUUUCCGAAGGGUCGCAUUGAUAGCCUUACGACUCACUUGGUGAAGAAGUGUCAGGCGCUUUCCAUGGCGGCUCGUCAGUCAAUUGUCAUGCGUAUCCACGACCUCCCCGCUCUUGACGACUCGGACCCAAACAAAGCGGCCGUGCUAGCCAAACUCCAGCAACAGGGGAAAGAUUCCAAUCUACCGUACUCGACGCGGCCAGCCUUCGAUGGCCUUAAUGUGUUGGCCGAGGCAUCGAGACGGGUUGGCGCAUCUGACCAGACAAAGCGCCGCGCCAUUCGCUUCACCCAACCGAUGACUGUUGGCGGCAAGACUAUCAUGAUUGAUCCCGCGCUUGAGGCCGAAGCAUUUCAAACUCAAACACAAGAAGAUGGUAACAACGAGAUGAUGCUCGCUGGUGUUGCUGCUGCUGCUGCCUCACUUGAUGGUUCUGGAGAGCGCGGCCCAUCUGCAUCGCCUUCAUUGCAAAAUAACGAUACUCUUUCGGCUGAUGCAACUGGUAGUGGACGCCAGUCUUCAUCGCAGCUAUCAAUGAUUGCGGCGUCUGCCAGUGAAAUGGCUUCGCAAAGUCUCGCCAUGGACAGUGAGCUAGCAGAUGGUCUUCCACGUGUUGGGACAGGAUGGGUGGAACAGCAAUUGUCUAGCACUGAUCAGUUCCUCCUAGAUAGCUUGCAGGGUCAUGACCCCUCCCUGACAGCGACUCAACGGGCUGCAUCCUACCCUCGUCCAAUUGCAAUGAACCCCAAUACUCCUCCUACCAAGGGGUUUGUCAAUGAUUUUGGAUCAUCCAAGCCUACAAAACCCAAAGUUCGUGGAAGGUUCACUGCAGACCGUAGAAAGGAGGUUCAGGAAGUACGCAAGAGAGGUGCAUGCAUUCGCUGCCGCAUGCUUAAGAAGCCUUGCUCUGGAGAUUCUCCGUGCAGCACAUGUGCAUCUGUUGAGAGUGCCCGCUUGUGGAAACAACCAUGCAUUAGAACACGCCUUUUUGAAGAAUGUGAACUAUAUGGAGCUGGCCUUCACACCACACUCGCCUUCCAUGACGUUAAUGCAAUGCAAGCACAAACAAAAUUUGAGAUCUAUGUUGGUCGUGUGGAAGCUACACAUUUUGACAACGCCCCAUUUUAUGUGACUUUUGGUACUCUUAUUAGUCAGAAAGCUAGCUUAUCACCCAUUGAUCCUCAGCUACAGGCUUUGGUUGAGGAUGGUCACUUUCAGGGGUCUACUCAUGACUUGUACAUGCUUGAUAGCGAUGCAGAUGACAUCCUGGGAAAAUGCGAGGUCUAUAUCAAAAAGUUGCAGUCAACUUUCAUUGAAAACGAACCUUCGCCGGAUACUCUCCUCGAACGCGUUGUGGAGCUAUGGCUUGCAACCCAUGUCUUAGUGGAUUCAGAGUUGCAAUGGAAAUUAUUCGUGCAUCAGCUCUUACCACCAACCAAUGUGGACACAUUAGCUACGCCAACCGAUGUGAGCCGCGUGCCGAUUGAUCGCAACAGCAAUACCGAGUCUUAUAAUCUCAUAUCCAGCCAGCUUCGUGCUGGUGUUGAGAAGCGCGCCAGCGUGUUAAGUAAGAGUGUGAUGAACGAACUCGAGCGUCGACUUCUACAACGCCACUCCAGCGGCUGGUUCGAAACAUUUUUGGUAUCGGUAAUUCUUCUCAACUGUGUGGAGCGUGCUUGCUGGUUAUUUACCAGUUGGGAGAAUGAGGAAUUCAUGGGACGCUGGCCUCUCGAUAGGCGUCCACAAUACUAUGCCAAUCAAGGCGACAAGUUCUCUGAGAUUCUCCAUAUGCUUCUUCGGAUGCGAGGACUGCCUCCAAAGACCGUUGUCAGUUCAGAAACCGGUUUACUUAAAGCUGCUGAAAACAGUGAUCCCAAUGCUAUCCAUUGGUUUGAAGAAAUCCAACUUCAACCCAUGUUCUUAGAACAACGCCAACACGCCCAAUUCGAUCCCACUGACUCACGAUCUUUGGAUUUGAAGCUUGCGGCUAAAGUUCUGUUACCUCCACCACCGGCUUAA